AUGGGCAUCAAGGAACAUAUUGUCUUUGUAAAUCCUGAGAUCAUUCUGGUGGACGACUUGAGUGAUAAAGUGUACCUGAAGGCUGACCUGGAGAAGUACAUCAGCAACCUGAAAAGGGUCCGUUUGAUUAGAACCAACAAGCGGGAGGGCCUGGUCCGCGCGCGCCUCAUCGGAGCUACCUUUGCCACUGGUGAUGUCCUUACGUUUCUCGACUGCCACUGCGAGUGCGUCUCCGGCUGGCUGGAACCGCUGCUCGAGAGGAUCGCCGAGAACGAGACCGUCGUUAUUUGUCCCGUUAUUGACACCAUCGACUGGAACACGUUUGAAUUCUACAUGCAAACCACAGAGCCCAUGAUCGGGGGCUUCGACUGGCGGCUGACGUUUCAGUGGCACUCGGUGCCAAAGCACGAGCGUCUCAGGCGCAAAUCUGAAACCGACCCCAUCAGGUCCCCAACUAUGGCUGGCGGCUUGUUUGCUGUCAGCAAGAAAUAUUUUGAGUACCUGGGCACGUAUGAUACAGGCAUGGAUGUUUGGGGAGGGGAGAACUUGGAGCUCUCGUUUAGGGUUUGGCAGUGCGGGGGCACACUGGAGAUUCACCCGUGCUCCCAUGUGGGCCAUGUGUUUCCAAAGCGGGCACCGUAUGCUCGACCAAACUUCCUUCAGAACACGGCACGUGCCGCUGAGGUGUGGAUGGAUGAGUUUAAAGAGCGUUUUUACAACAGAAAUCCUUCAGCAAGGAAAGAAAACUAUGGAGAUAUAUCUGAAAGAAAGCUGCUAAGGGAGCGUUUGAAGUGUAAGGAUUUUAACUGGUACUUAAAGAAUGUGUUUUCAGAGUUGCACGUACCGGAAGAUCGUCCUGGCUGGCAUGGUGCUCUCCGCAACAUGGGCAUAUCCUCAGAAUGCCUCGACUAUGCCUUACCAGAACACAAUCCCACUGGAGCUCACUUGUCUCUCUUUGGAUGCCAUGGCCAAGGAGGAAAUCAGUUUUUUGAAUACACAUCAAAUAAGGAGAUUAGAUUUAACUCUGUAACUGAACUGUGUGCCGAAGUCCCUGAACAGAAAGAUUUCAUUGGUAUGAGGAGCUGCCCAAAUGAUGGAUCUCCUAUCCCAGAAAAUAUUAUAUGGCAUUUCAAAAGCGACGGGACUAUUUAUCAUCCUCAGUCAGGAAAGUGCCUUAGUGCUUAUCGAACGACAGAGGGGCGGCCUGAUGUGCAAAUGAGAACUUGUAGCGCUGCAGAUAAAAACCAGAUUUGGAAGUUUGAGAAGUAAUGUUUACUGCUAGAAAGAAUCAAAUGGACUGCAAUCACCAAGGCUUUUACAUACAUGGGCAAAGGGCUACAUUUGACUGUGAAUGUCUUCAAAAGUGUCUUCCUUGUAGUGGUGCAGA